AUGCUCCGGGCAGUAUCAGCACCUUGCUUCGUACUGGUGUGGGUCCGCACGUCACAUGCGUCACACCGAGGCGCAGUGGCUGCUCAGAGCGGCUCAGAGCCGGCGCUUAAUCCGGCGUUCAAGCUGCUCCCGCAAAGCAUGCGUCCCGCACUGCCGUCCCUGCCUUUGCCCGACGCUCGACCCCGCUGGGCCAAGACGGUUGAGCACUCUCAGAUGUUCUCUCGAAUGUACCUGCUCAUCGAAUCGCGCGGAACCGGUCCUGGGGGCGGCAAAGGCAAUCUUGGAUCGGCAUUGCCGAUACCCGAUUCAUCGGGUGCUGCGGGAGGCUCGCCCGAGAAACCGUACGUCAGAAAAGGCAUCGGCUCCAGGCUAGCGCUUCCGGCGGUAAAGCGUGCUCGCUUGGCUAAGCGAUCUGCGCCCUGUCAGCUACACGCACGCCCACGUCCGCAGAACUAG